AUGUUCAACAUGCCGAAGUCACAACUACAGUUUGGAGUUGCACCCUACAAUCCCACUCUUGGUGAGACUCAAAGGAAACCUUACUGUCUUACUCCAGCAGGUUUCACACCACCCUCCGGUAUAUGCCCUCUAUGGCAUAGAAAUGACAUGGUGCCACUCUCCGGUUUCAAACUUCAGUGCAAAACCGAAUAUGGAGGUACUUCAAUAGAAACUAAGGUGCAUGGCAAACGACAGUUGAAGCUCCACAAUCAUGGAGAGACGUAUGAAAUGAAUUCUCCUGAUCUAGUUAUCAGAAUGCUUCCAAUCCCUGGGACUGAUUGGGUUGGCAAUCUUUCUUUGGAUUUGGGGCAGGUCGAAGACUGA